AUGACAGAUAUUCAGACCAAUCUGUUCAUCAACGGCCAGUACGUGCCAUCAUCCAGCGGCGAAACCCUCUCCAUCUACAGCCCCAACGACGACUCGCUCGUCAGCGACAAGGUCCAAGUGGCCGGCGAGAAGGACGUCGACAAUGCCGUAGCCGCAGCAAAGAAAGCGUUCCCAGCAUGGCGAGAUACAGCAGGCCACAAGCGGGCGGCCAUCAUGCUCAAGUUCGCAGACCUGCUCGAAGCCAACAUCGAUAAGCUGGCCAAGCUGGAGUCCGCCGCUAUGGGCCAACCUGUCAGCGUCGCCAAGAAGAUGAUCUUGGGUCCUGUCGCUUUGUGGAGGUACUAUGCUGGCUAUUCGGGCAAAGUCGCUGGCGAGUCUUUCCCACCUGAUGAGGAUGGGACGUACAAGAUCGUUCAGUAUGAGCCGAUUGGCGUGUGUGCUGGCAUCUGUGCCUGGAAUGGAACACAUGUGCUGGCCGCAUGGAAGAUGGCCCCCGCGAUGGCUACCGGCAACACUUUCGUUCUGAAGUCGUCUGAGAAGUCUCCUCUGGCAGCGUGCGCCUACGGGGAUCUUCUCAACCAGGCGGGAUUUCCUCCCGGCGUCAUCAACGUACUCACAGGAGCUGGCCCGGUUGGUUCCAUGCUUGCCCACCACAUGGACAUUGGCAAGAUUGCUUUUACGGGAUCCGCAGCAGCAGGGCGAGCAGUCAUGGCUGCGGCCGCCAAAUCAAACCUCAAGCAUGUCUCUCUCGAGCUCGGCGGCAAAUCUCCAGCUUUGAUCUUUGACGACGCCGACCUCGACAAUGCCGUGGAACACUCCUCUACAUCUUUCCUCCGCAACUCUGGCCAGAUCUGCUUCGCCGCCUCUCGCGUUCUUGUCCAGGAAAGCAUCGCUCCCAAAUUCAUCGAAAAGAUCAAAGACGCCUUCUCCAACGCUGAGAAGCAAAUGGGCGAUCCAUCUCUAGAAGAUACCGCCUUCGGUCCUCUCGCUGACAAGAAGCAAUUCGAACGAGUCAUGUCCUUCCUUACCGGCGCUCGAGAAGAAGGCGUGCAAGUUCUCGUCGGUGGCGAGCGCCUGGGUGACAAAGGCACAUUCGUCAAGCCCACUGUCUUCCUCAACCCAGACAUCAACUCGAAGGUCUACAAAGACGAGAUCUUUGGCCCCGCCAUCUCGGUCAGGACGUUCAAGGAUGAAGACGAGGCGAUCGAACUGGCCAAUGCGACCACGUAUGGGUUGGGCAGUACAGUCUACACGAACGACAUUGCGAGAGCGCUGAGAGUAGCUGGGAAAAUUGAGGCGGGCACUGUGGGGAUCAAUAGUGCGUUUAACACUAGUCCGCAAACGCCUUUUGGAGGGUUCAAGCAGAGUGGGUAUGGUCGAGAGAGUGGACCUGAGGGUCUCAAGGAGUACGUCCAGCCGAAGACGAUUCACAUCAACAUGAAUGUAGGCAAGAAGUAG